AUGGACCGACCUGGAGCCAACGUGUGGGCUGCCACCUUCCACCAGAUGAUGGCCGAGAGGAAGCCACGGGACACCUGGAUGCUGCUGCCCGAGGACAGCCUGGUGGCUGGCCGCCCGGACCACGGCUGCUUCCAGUACCGGCUGAAGGGGCUCGCAGGGCUCCAGUGUGGCCACUGCCCUUGGGGCUGGGGCUCGGCCCACGUGCAGGUCCUGUUCCACCUGUGGUGGGAUGAGGAGAGCCGCAAGGGGCUGGUGAAGAUGCGUGUCUGGGGCCAGCAGUGCAGGCUGUGCCCCCUGGGCACUCCUGGCAACUGCCAGGUGAGCCCCCUGAGCGUGCGCCCCUUCCUCAACAAGCUAGCCCUGCAUGUCCUUCGCAAGUGCUAUGGCGAGAGCCCCGGCCCUGACCAGUGCCCCGGGCUCUACUACAAGGCCCCUGGCGAUGCUCCAAGGCCUUGCGAGGCCUGCAUCCUGGGUGUCUGCUUCCUCCAGAAGGGGCCGGGCCUUGCCCCUGACCCCGAUGCUAUCCGGGGCACCUACAUCAUGUACAGCAGUGUGGGUCUCACCAUCACUGUCUCUGGCGGUGAGGGCAAAGUCCCUCGUAGCACGCAGCUGCUGACCCUUGGCAGCUGGCCCACGGUCAGACGGCCCAGGGGCAGUGAACCCUGCGCCGUGAACAGGGGCUGCUUCACCAUCCCGCUCUCAGUGUCUGACUUCAUCAAGAACCCGCUCACAGAUAGCAGCCACUUCUUCAGCAAGGGUGAAGGCAUCAUCACCAUCCCCUUCUCCCUCGCGGAUGACAGCAAAGACAAGGGUCCCAUUGCCCACAGCAGCAGCUGUGUCCCCACCAAGGAUGGCUCCCUUCCAGCCACCGGCACCGGUGGGCCUGUCACCAUUGGCAAGGGCUCCCUCUGUCUCUCUUCAAAUUCCAUGGCCAUACCGAAAGGCAAGGGCAUCCCGGUGAACAUCAAAGAUCCCAUCUUCCAUGGCAAGGGUCUCCUGAUCAGCAACAUUGAGAGCAAGGGCUUCGAGCUCAAGGGCUUCAUCUUCAAAGGCAAAGGGUCCAUAUCCGACCCUAUCGACAUUGCCAAAGUCCAGGGCCUCGUCUACAACAGCGAGGGCGCCACUGCUGCUGGAAAGACCCCAGUGCCAGUGUCUUAUAUCAUUGGACUCAUGGCCAACGGCGAGGGCUCCAUCACCUUCCCUUUGUCAUUUACCAACAUCAUCAAAGGCAAGGACUCCUUCACCAACAUCACUGAAGGCAAAGGUAAGGAAGGUUGCAGUAAUGGCUCUGCCAUCACAGAUGGUGAUACGCUUCUGGAGACCAGUGCCAGCGGCUCUGCCACCAACGAUGAAGGUGCCAUCACCUUCCCGUUCAUCUUUACUGACGGCAUCAAAGGCAAGGACUCUCAUACUGCCAUUACCAAAGGCAAAGGGAAGGAAGAUGGCAGCAAUGGUCCUGCCAGCACUGGUGAUGACCCUCCAGAGACCAAAGCUGGUGCUCCCAUCACCAACAAGGAGGGUGCCAUUGCCUCCCCUACUGACAGCUUCAAAGGCAAGGACUCUUCUACUGACACCACCAAAGACGAAGGCGAGGAAAAUGGCGGCAAUAGCUCUCUCACCAUGGGUCGUAACCCCCUUUCGGAGUUCAACGCCAGUGGUCUCAUAACCAAUGAGGAGGGUGCCAGCACCUCCUCUGCUGACAGUGUCCAAGACAAGGACUCUCCCCCUGACUCCACUGAAGGCAAAGAGAAGGAAAAUGGAGGCAACGGCCCUGCCAGCCCUGGUCGUGGCUUCCUUCUGAAGACCAACGCUGCAGGCUCCGUCACCUUUAGUGAGGGCUCCAUCACCAUCCCCUUCUCAGUCUUCAAUAUCAUCAAACGCAAGGGGCCCAGCGCUAGUGCCAACGGCCCCCAGAAUGAUGGCUUCCUCCCCCAUGGGUACUCCAAGAAGAAGAAGCGGCUGAGGUUCCGGUUUGGCAAAUCCAGCUGUGGGCCCCGGAGGGACGAAGACUUCGGCUCCUCUAGCCCCUGUCACGGGCCUCGUGCUGAGCCUCACGACGACGUCUGGAUCUGGGUCGCCAUGACCGUCUGCGUCCUCUGGCUGAUGUGUGUGUGCAGGCUGAGCCCCGGCCUCUUCCAGCAGCAAGUGUGA